UCAUUCAACUCAAACAAACACAAACACAAACACAAACCUCCAAAUUUCGUUGUUCUACAUUGAACUUCAACCAGAUCAAAUCGACUAAUAUGACUUUGUCAUGGAGAAGGCUGAGGCCCGGCCGUCACGCCGCGAAACAUUCACGGCAUGGCGAGGCCGGCGGAGACAUUGAGCUGACGAUACCGAGCCACUUCCGGUGCCCGAUCUCGUUGGACUUGAUGAAAGAUCCCGUCACGUUGUCUACCGGGAUCACAUACGAUCGGCAGAGCAUUGAGAAAUGGAUCGAAGCCGGAAACGUGACUUGCCCUACUACCAACCAGGUACUCACAACUUUGGAGCCGAUUCCGAAUCACACCAUCAGGAAAAUGAUACAAGACUGGUGCGUGGAGAAGAAGUCCUUCGGCGUGGAGCGUAUCCCCACGCCACGGAUUCCGGUGAGUUCUGUGGAAGUCGCCGAGAUUCUCUCGAGGAUUACGUCGUCGGCGGAAAAGAAGGACGAAGCCGGCUGCAGAGAGCUGGUGCAGAAGGUCAAGGCGUUGACUAAAGAAAGCGAGCGCAACAAGCGGUGCAUUGUCGCUAACGGAGCGGCGAGUUCUUUAGCGGCGGCGUUUGGUGCUUUUUCAACGGCGGGUUCUUUUCAUGAAAACGUUGGCGUUUUGGAGGAGAUAUUGUCUGCUCUGACGUUGAUUUUCCCGCUUCAUUCGGAGGCCAACGUAUAUCUUGGAUCCACAGAUUCGUUGCAUUGCAUGGUGAGGUUUUUGGACGGUGGAGAUUUGUCACAGAGAAGGAACGCAGUCUUGGUUCUAAAAGAGGCUCUUUCGGCUGAUAAGCAAAAGACUGAUGCUUUGGAAGAGAUUGAAGGAGCUUUGGAAGCCCUAGUGAAGCUGAUCAAAGAGCCAAUUUGCCCUACUUCUACUAAAGCUUCGUUGGUCAUCAUUUACCACAUGCUUAAUUCCACGUCUUCUAGCUCAAGAGAGAGCGUCAAAGGAAAAUUUGUGCAAAUGGGAUUGGUGUCCAUGCUAUCGGAAUUAGUUGUGGAUGCCGAGAGGAGCAUUUGCGAAAAGGCGUUGGGGGUUCUCGAUGCGAUUUGUGGAAGCAAGCAAGGGAGGGAAGAGGCCCGCGACAAUGCCCUGAUCAUGCCGGUCGUAGUCAAGAAGAUGUUUAGGGUUUCGGAUUUAGCUACCGAGUUUGCUGUGUCCAUUCUUUGGAAGCUUUGCAAGAAGGACGAGAGGGAAGACGACGAGGGAGGUCUUGUUCUAGAGGUGCUCCAAGUGGGAGUUUUUCAGAAGCUGUUGUUGCUGUUGCAAGUUGGGUGUGGGGAGAGGACUAAAGAGAAGGCGACCGAGUUGUUGAAGUUGUUGAAUCUUCACAGGGCGAGGUUGGAGUGCAUUGAGUCCAUGGAUUUUAAGGAGCUCAAGAGGCCCUUUUGAUUCAACUUACAAACCAUUCUAAUUAGUUUUGAUCUUAGAUUAGAGAGAGAGAUCGAUAAAUAAGGGUUUGUUAUAUAUCUAUACCCUUUUUCACAGUUCCAAAUACUGUACAAAAAAUACAACUUUUACAUAUUAUUGGUACAUGAGCGAUCACUAUAUUUGGCUA